AUCGCCUGAACGCGCUGGCUGGAUCGGCUUCUACCCACAACUGAAAAUUUCUGCAGUGAUGACUCAGACGGUUCAGACCAACGGGGUUCAACCCCUCAGUAAGACCUGGGAACUGAGUCUGUAUGAGCUACAGAGAACUCCACAGGAAGCUAUAACAGAUGGACUGGAGAUAGCGGUGUCGCCCAGGUCCUUGCACAGUGAACUAAUGUGUCCUAUCUGUCUGGACAUGCUGAAGAACACAAUGACAACUAAAGAAUGUCUGCACCGCUUCUGCGCUGAUUGUAUCAUCACAGCUUUGAGAUCUGGUAAUAAAGAAUGUCCUACCUGUCGUAAGAAGCUGGUGUCUAAGAGGUCGCUGCGUCCAGACCCGAAUUUUGAUGCUCUGAUUAGUAAGAUUUAUCCCAGCCGCGACGAGUACGAGGCCCACCAGGAGAGAGUAUUGGCCCGCAUCAGCAAACACAACAACCAGCAAGCCUUGUCCCACAGCAUAGAGGAGGGGCUGAAGAUACAGGCUAUGACCAGACUGCAGCGUGGUAAGAGACACACAGUGGAGAACGGAAGCGGAGCAGAAGACAAUGGAGACUCCUCCCACUGUAGCAACGCCUCUGUCCACAGCAACCAGGAGGCAGGUCCGAGCAUCAAACGCACCAAGACGAGCGAUGACAGCGGUUUGGACAUGGACAAUGCUGCUGAGAAUGGGGGCGGGGACUCUGUGAUCGAUGGUGGUGCAAGUGAAAUAGAACUGGUGUUCAGGCCACAUCCCACCUUGAUGGAGAAGGAUGACAGUCACAACAGUGUGGAGUUUGUCCCUCGCUACAUUAAGACGUCCGGUAAUGCAACAGUGGAUCACCUGUCUAAAUACCUGGCCGUCCGAUUGGCUCUGGAGGAACUGAGAAGAAACGCUGAGGCCAGUCCUGUCAAUGUGGAGGCGGCUUCAGAGAAACAGUACACCAUCUACAUCCCCACUGCUGGAAACCAGUUCACUGUCCUGAACGGGUCCUUCUCUCUGGAGCUGGUCAGCGAAAAGUACUGGAAGGUGAACAAACCCAUGGAGCUCUACUUUGCCCCUACUAAAGAACACAAGUAGACACAUAACAACACACACGUGCAUACACACAUAACCACAUACACACUCACCAUUUGGAAGUAAACAGACGGACUUGGCUACAUCUUCGCACACAGAAACAAGAGAGGUGUGUGUGUCUGAAGGAGAUUAGGAGGGUUGGUGAAAGCCCUGAACGGACUCUUGUAAAAAGAAAAAAAACCCUCGUUUUAUAUUCUCUGUAUCUUUGUGUGUCUCUUUCUAUCUUUCUCAGUAGAAGGUAGCAGAUCAGUGCAGCAGCUCGCAGAUAAAUCACAGAUAAAGCUCUGCUGCUAACAGUGGCUAUAGAUUCUCUCCAGCUCAGAAAACCAGGCUCCAUUCACAGUCUCAGUUACCAAUGUGCUGUUUUCCAACUAAAGAAAUUGUAAUAUUCCAUAUUUGUUUCCAGCCCCUUUUAUACUGUUUGAUGUUGGUUUGUCAACCAGAGGGUAUAGGAAUGUGCUGAAACGGAGGUCUUAGAUCUCAUUUUGAAUUACAGCCUCCAACAGGUCAGUCAGAGCUUUAGAGGCUGAGUUCGGAAACGCUGUUCUUAGAUUAAGAUCACAUUGCACAUUGAUAAGGUCGGACUUGUGCUACAGCAAAAUAACCAAUGAGAAGAUAAAGUCGUAUGACACACACAGGCUGAUACCAACAUUGUAAUUACCCAUACACACUGUAUGUACAUGUACGCUUUUCAACUGUACCUGUCCACGAUAGUAGAAUCUGACAUGUAUGGAAGCAAAACCAGGCCAUAAUAAUCUGAAUUUCAUAGUGAAUUGAACCUACUGAAUACUUAAUGUUGAAAGUUAGAAACCACUGAAUGUGAAGCAUUGAGAUAUUACACUUUGAAAACCACCAGUCUGAAUUAAUGUGGUGACAUUUCAGAUUAGUGUCUGUGCAGAUGAGAUUAUUUUCAUCUAAAAAGACAAAUAGAUUUGAAAUUAGACAGCUGAAAUGACGUACUUGACAUUUGCUAGGAGGGAAUUUCAUCUCCAUAAAUUCAGACAUAUUUCAAUGUUCAACAUUAAGUAAUCAGUGGUGGUUAAAGGUGCCUGUGGGUGUUUAGACCUCUACCAGCACUGUGGAGCUGUAUUUCUAUAACUGGAUUCCUGUUCUGUUGAUCUUGAGCACAUACUCGCACACAGGUGGUGGUAAUGUGUGAGUUACCGCAGCAAACGGACCAUUUGUCCAGUGAAGUGUCAAUGACCGACUGUCUCAAAAUAUUAAUCUCCAUAUGUAAGCUACAUUGCGUCUCCCUGGUCUUCUGUCUACUUCCUGAGUGCGGCUUUCAAUUAUUUGAUUUGUGAUGUGUAUAAACCACUUUUCUAGUGUAACCUGGCCUCAAGUUUUCAGUUGCUCAUAAAAUUCAUAUAAUUAUUUUUGACAUUUCUUAGUUUGCAUAGUUAUGCCUCUGAAUAAAAGACAGAUUUUCUCAGAGCCAUCUGGCGCAGUGACGUACUGUUAUCGCACAGUGUACAGGGACGAGAAGACACCUGUUUGAAUGCUAGAUGGUAAAAUGUGCGUUUACACUGAGGAAUCCAGGUCAAUCUACAGCAUUCAAUCAUGUGAAGAUACACAGAAUGAAGAAGGCAAAUAGGUGUUUUUGUUUGUUUUUGUUUCUGAUACUGUUGCAAAUGUUCUCUGGAGAUCUUUUUUUGGACAUGUCUGUCGUUUUUCAAUAAACCAGAAAAUGGUGACAGUU